AUGAAGUCGACACUUUUCGCUCUCGUUGCCGUCCUCGCGGCUACCGUUGCUGCCACCCCAGUCAAGGGCAUCAAACCCGAGAGCAUCAAGAUGUCGCGCUCUGAGGCCGAAAAGGCAGGCAUCGUUCGGCGCGACAGGGAUGUCUCUGACAGCGUCAACUAUAUCCUCGUGCUUAUCGAUGAGAAAGAUGGAGUGGACGCUUAUCAGGAGGAAGUUGACGCUGCCCGCGCCAACCCCUCCGACACUCUCGGUUAA